AUGGGCAUAAAAGGAGAUCUCGGAGUUCCGGGUGUCCCUGGUCCCACGGGACCUAGAGGCCCGCCAGGUGAGAAAGGCGAAAGAGGUGAGCCGGGCCAGUCCAUCUCGGCUCCAUCUCUGCUGCAGCGUCCUGUUGAAACCACAGUCAAUGAAAGUCAGACAGCCAUCUUAAAAUGCACAACAGACGGUAAUCCAACUCCACUUGUCACGUGGUCUAAGGUGAAUUCAUCACUUCCUGAGGGACGUCACGUGGUAGAGUCCAGUGGUGCUCUGAUUUUAAAGAACUUUAUACCUGGCGACGAGGGCUUGUACAACUGUCGAGCUGAGAAUUUGCUGGGAUGCGUCAACCAUUCAGCAAAAGUGAUUGUUCAGUGUGAGCAGCCUAAUCUGAUUUGUCACUAUUAUUCGUUUGCGAGCAGGUGAUAAGGCAGUCAGUUGACGAAGCAAAACCAUUCUUUUUUUUGCAGAAUUUGCAUGAAAAAAGAGUUUAGUUCCCAGCGGAGGAAAACACUUUUGAGAUUUCUUAUUGUCAACCAACAUGGUCGCCGUGACGUGAGCUUUAAACCAGCAAUUUUAAACAUCAAGGCUUUUCCUUAGGUAGAAACUCUAUGAAUCUUCAGUGGGUAUCGGGUAAUUCAAAAUUUGUUUAAAGGUACAAAAACGUUUCAUUUAGCUGGAGCGUUCAAGAGCUGAAUAUCUAGAAUUUGUGUAGUAUAUUUACCAGUGGCCUGGGCCCGGUUGCAUAAAACCUGUACUUAAGUGCUCACUUAAGUAGUUCACUUACGAAUCUGUUAUGGGUACACUUACGGGUGUUGCAAGGAACACACUUACCACUCUCUUAAGUUUCUGUUUUACGUGGUAACUUACGGGCUCAAGUAACUUUGUUAUAGUACUUUUAAUUAUUAAUUUGACUCACUCUUUUUUUAAAUUAAGUUAACCAUCGGUGAGUGUAAAGAAAGUUAAAAGUCGUUUCGAACAUUUUUAAGCCUCUCAAAAAAUGAAAUUUGCAUGCAAACGUUAUUUUUCUUCAAUAUCUACUGAAAAGGAUAGUUCGUCUUCUUUUUUCACGAAAGUGUACAUCAGAGGUUUUCAAAGCGUAUUAGAACGAAUUACGUGAAGAAAAAUACUUUUUUUCACUUCUCAGUAAAAGAUCUCGUUAAAUUUAGUAAAAACAGUAACGAUACUGGACCCACAUAAGUGCCGUAAAUUUACGUGCUAUUUUUCCCGUAAAAAAAGUUUUAUGCAACACCCGCAAUUUCUGUUGCAUAAACGACACUUAAGUGAACAAUUACGAAAAUCGUAAGUGCGACCACUUGAGUGAAUUCCCUAAGUGGACCACUUAAGUGAUUUCAUGCAACUGACUUAAGUUACGAGUGCACGUACAUGUACCCGUAGUUGUUACGGACGUUUUAUGCAACCGGGCCCUGGGUUUUGAGUCUGAAUGUAGUCUGUCAAAAUCCAAUUUUAGUUUUAUCGUGCUGGAACAGAACCCAGCAAUGAGGCAUAGCAGUUAUGUUUUCUUCAAAAUUUCAAGUACACCACAGCUUUGAUUUAAGAAUUGAUGAUUUUUCCUCGGAAAGCUUUCUUUUCUUUUUUCACGAUUACUUUUCGUUUGUCUUUUUUUGGGCAAUUUAGGUUUCUGGGAAACUGCCCACCUACCCCUCCCCUAAGCCAUUAUUUUACCCAAAGUAACAAUUAAGUCUUAAUGUUAGCUUAGGGGAGGGGUAGGUGGGCAGUUUCCCAGAUACUUAAAUUGAUCCUUUUUUUCUUUUUUUUUAUCCAGUUCAUCCUCAAUUACGUUUGUCACCUAGCCGACUAAUGGCGGAAGAGGGGCAAAAUGUGACAAUCUUCUCCAUUGCUUCUGGUCAACCACAACCCAAGGUCACGUGGUCAAAGGCCGUUGAGAGUUUGACAAAGAAAGAACCUCCGUGGUAAAAGGAGCUUUGACAAUCUGCAAAGUGACGAAGAGCGACGGUGGAACAUAUGUGUGCAGAGCACAAAAUAUUCUGGGAUCAGUAUCUGUCGCGGCUCAACUAAUGAUAUUCUCCCCUUUGCGCUUUAGAAUCCGACCUCCUCAAGUGGUGACAAGAAUGGAAUCGGCGUAACAGUCAUCAGUCACGACAGUGAGAGCAGGACAUAUGUGCCUAGUCAGAACCGUCUUCGUGAUAUUCACUAUACAGGAGCGAGUCUGUCUCAGUUGGCCGGUCUCACCAGUGUCUCCUUACACUGUGAGCAGUUUAUUAAGUACGAGUGUUAUGACUCGGGUUUAUACUUUCGCAAUCCAACUUCAUGGUGGGUGUCACGUGAUUCUGCUAAGAUGACGUACUGGGGUGGAGCAUGGCCUGGUAGUGGCAAGUGCGCAUGCGGGAUGACCAACUCAUGCGCAGACUCCAGGUUUGGCUGUAACUGUGAUAAGGAUGACUAUGUAUGGCGUGAAGACAGCGGUUUGCUCACUGACAAGACAACUCUUCCAGUAAUACAGCUCUAUAUCGGUGAUGUCGGUGGGCCCAAAGAAAAAGGCUACUAA